GCUUUCCCUUGGCCACUUCGCUCCACUGUGUGAAGAUAAAAUGCCCACUACUCGCUCCAUGAGAGUAGCUGCACAGCCGCCCUCCCCCAGGAGAAGCCUGAGGAACUUUCGCAGCGUUGCUCUGGUUCCUAUGGAAACCUCAUCCUCCGAUGACAGCUGUGACAGCUUCGGCUCUGAUGGAGGCUUUGCAAACACUCAGCGCAGUUUACGGCAGAGGAGGCCAGCAGAGAAACCAAAGUCACUGGAGAGUACAUCAGAUGAGGACACCUGCAGUGGGUUUGAGGACCAUGUGAUCAGCAGUCGCAUGAAGGCCAUGAAAGUGAAUUCUCCCAAACGCGGGCGCAGAUCCAGUGGUCUGAAGGUGGCCUUGACCUUUCCUUCCAGAAAAACCAUAGCUAAAAAGAGGCCUGCAUCCGAACCACUGCCUCAGCCCAAAGCACCAGCCGCUGACUCUGACGGGGAGGAUGACUUUAUCAAAAAGAGAGCACUGAAUAUUAAAGAGAACAAAGCUAUGCUUGCAAAACUGAUGUCAGAAUUGAGCAAAGUACCUGGAAUUUUCCCUAGGAGAAUGGCAAAGUCCUCUAUCACACCAAGGAAACUCCCUCAAAAAGUUGGAACUCCAAGAGUGCUUAGGAAGAACCCAGAGCGCUUGACUCCUCCUCACACUCGCUCUCGCUCUCUGGUGGAUGGCCCCCCCAGUCCCACCCCUGAAGAGGAGGACCCAGAGGACAGGUUCAGCCUGGUGCGCAAGAACCGCUACUACGAGGAAGCGGAUGAGCCACCUCGUCGUCGCACCUACAGUGGCAUGAAAGCCAUCCCACAUGUGGUUAGGCCGGUGGAGGAGAUCACAGAGUUGGAGCUUGAACACAUUUGCAACAAUGUUCGGGAGAAAGUCUACAACCAAUCCACAGGAUCAACCUGCCAUCAGUGUAGACAGAAGACAACUGACACCAAAACCUGCUGCCGCAACCCUGAGUGUAUUGGAGUGAGAGGGCAGUUUUGUGGGCCGUGCCUCCGUAACCGCUACGGAGAGGAAGUGAGGGACGCUCUGCUGAAUCCGGAGUGGCAGUGUCCACCAUGCAGAGGGAUCUGUAAUUGCAGCUUCUGCCGGGCGCGAGAUGGCCGCUGUGCUACUGGAGUCCUGGUUUAUCUGGCUAAAUAUCAUGGUUUUGACAACGUGCAUGCCUACCUCAAAAGUUUAAAGAAGGAGCUUGAGGAGAGUGGCGAGUGAAGAGCAGAUUGAAGAUGUUUGCUGUUGCACCUUCACCACAUUUUUAGUACUUACACUUGAAUGCAUUGACAUUGUUAAAAGGCAUACUGUUUGAUAGCAUGUAUGCAAAAUAAAAUUAACCACCUCUUUUUAACCAGUU